CGAUGUGGUUGUCUGCCCAAGGUCGGCCAAUUGCAUCAUGGUGUGAUGGUCGGCAAGGAUAUGCCGGUGGAAAGGCGCAAGCGAUUGGCUGGACUGUGGUUGCUCGGACGAUGGGCGGGCGAUAAACAAAGCUCGAGGAACGGCAAACCCCAGGUACCCGCAUCCCUACCCCACCGCAAUCACUGUACUCCUAGUGCCAGUUCGAGCCUACAUAUUUUGAACACCUUAUUCUUCAGCGUGUGGUGCUUCUGUUGUUGUACCGCCCUUCAACGUCCCAAACUUUGCCCGCGCGACCGCUCGCUGCAAAUCACAAACACGGGCAUCAUGCCUGGCACAACAGUGGCAGAGCCGCCCUCGGUCACUCUUUCCUUUGCCAACAACUUCUGGGGCAAGGAUGACGCCGGCGUCUCCCCAAUGCUCGAGCGCAUGCACAAUGCCAAAGUGACCUCAGACGAGCUCAAGUCCUUUUACGCCGCCCGCGCGGCCCUCGAGGACGAAUACUCACGCAAACUCCUCAACCUCUCGCGGAAGCCGCUCGGGUCAUCCGAGUCGGGAACCCUACGCAUGUCCUUUGACGUCAUUCGCGGUGAAAUCGAGGCCACCGGCAAGGCACACCAGAGCAUCGCUCAGCAGAUGAAGACUGAGCUGGAAGAGCCGCUGGCAGCCUUUGCGGGGGGCAUGAAGGAGAGGCGAAAGAUCAUUCAGAACGGCAUUGAGAAGCUCCUGAAGCUGAAGAUGCAGCAGACCUCGGCGGUCAAUAAGACACGAGAUCGCUACGAGAAUGAUUGUUUGAAGAUCAAGGGCUUCCUAGCUCAGGCACAUAUGGUUAUGGGUCAAGAAGAGCGCAAGAACAAGGCCAAACUAGAAAAGACACAGAUCCAAUUGUCCGAAACAGAACGAGAGUAUGAGACAGCUGUCAAGAUUCUCGAGGAGACUACAGGACGAUGGAACAGAGACUGGAAGGCCGCUUGUGAUAAAUUCCAAGACCUUGAAGAGGAGCGCAUAGAUUACACAAAGAGCAGUCUCUGGAACUUCGCCAACAUUGCCUCGACCGUAUGCGUCAGUGACGACGCCUCCUGCGAAAAAGUACGGUUAUCUCUGGAAGACUGCGAUGUGGAGAAAGACGUAACCAGCUUCAUCAAAGACAGCGGUACUGGACAGGAAAUACCCGACCCACCCAAGUUCAUCAAUUUCGCUCGGGGUGAUGCGGACACGGCUUCGCAAACAUCCGAGGACGAAAACUAUUCCGUGGCACAAUUUGCGAGGACUAUGAAUCCAGCUUACCGGGCCAACUCACCCCAGCCCUCUGUGUUCGAAUCUCAUCAUGAUCCGAACAAUCCAUUGGCGCGCGAGAUGGGCCUUGGAGGUAACACCAUGCCAGUGCCGCAGGAUCAAAUCAAUACUGCGUCUCGCGAUCCAAUCCAGCCGGCAGCGCCUGUAGGGAAGGGCAUCCAACCAGACCCCCGCUUGGUCCAGGCUCAGCAACAAGCUCAUCAGCAAUACCAGCAGAGCAAAGUCCCGCACAAUGAAUAUCCUGCAGAUGGAAUGACACAAUUCUGCCGCAUUGGAGCACCAUCAGAGCGAGGUGGCAUACGUCCAGGCAGCAGAGACUCCAACAGUGACUACUCGAACCCCACAUCAUUCUCUAGUGUGGAACCUCCAAGUGGCUCUGCCUCCCCAGGGAAACCACUAUCACGUUCGCCACAGCCAGUCGAAGAAUCACAAGUGCAGAAGAAGAAAGGUUUCUUCCAGAACAGCCCGUUCGCCCGCCGAAAGAGCACACACAAUGGGGAUGAGCCCAUCUCGAUUACACCCAGCAGUAGAAACACCUGGGCGCCUGCAGCCCGAUCUGGUAACAAUGAGAACGUCAGCCCUACCUGCCCAUUUGGAAGAGGCUCGCGUGGGGUUGAACUGCAUGAUGGUCGUUCCGCGAGCCCUGAACCCGUUGACCCCAGAGCCAACUUCCAGCUUAACAUCGGCAACAACGUCUUCGACGUCGAAUCUCCGGACAAGAAGAAGGCUGCUGCAAAGACUAACGAGCCUGGAGAAGAACUUGAUCCGAUUGCUCAAGCACUCGCCGAAUUAAAAGGAGUGACCAAGCAAGGCGACUUCCGCGUAUCUGCUGAUCGUUUCCACGGUCUGGCUACGCCCCAACCUCCAGGUACUCCCUCUGUAGGCUCACAACUUCCUGGCGGCGCACCCACCCCCCUUGCAAACGCCAACAUUAGUGGUGCCAAACGAGGCACGCCGCCGCCAUCGUAUGAUCAACCACCUAUGUCUCGCCUUGGAGCUCCUCAGCCAGCGCAUACUGCGCGCCAAAUGCAGAAGACUACGCAGAUGUACAUCGACCAGAAGGCCAACAUGUUCAACACGGGCUCGGCAUCUCGUCCGUCCACCCGCGGUGGCCCAGCUCAGGAAGCUCCUCGGGCCACUUCCCCAGCGCCACGGGCCACCAGUCCGCGACCUGGUCAUUACUCUUCCCAGCAACCACCACAAUCUCCAGCUGGUUACCGUGCUGCAUCACCCAAUCCCUAUGCUUCACCGACCACAAGCACUAGACCAAGAGCGAAUACGUCUGGCCAACCUCAAAGCCCAUUCGGAACACCCACUGGAAGAGGCUCCUACACUUCCUCGGUACGUGGUGGAUCUCCAGGAUACAGCAACGCUCCUCGCGCAGUGUCGCCUCAACCUGCAUACGCACAGAGCAACGGCCGUCCAACCUCACGUGCAGCACCCACAUCGCGGGCUGUCAGUCCACAACCACAAUUCCGGCAGUCAUACGACCGGCCUUCGAGCUCUCGCGGAAGCGAUAUGGCACUGCAACUCGCACAAGGCCCUGGAAGUGAACGCGGAGACGGCAGUGUGUACGGUGGAAGCGUGCGGAGUCGAGGCGGCGGCGGCGGAGGAGGAAACCAACGUCCACAGAGCUCGUACUACAGCGGUGGAAGUGAUUUGAAUCACAGUGCCAGCCAGCUCAGCACGAGGAGUAGGAGCAAGAGCGUGGCUGAGCCCAGACAGUAUACCAGGGACGGACGCAUGAUUUUGCACUACUCGCGUGCGAUGUACCUGUACAACGCGCAGAUCCCCGAGGAACUCACAUUCGCCAAGGGCGAUAUCCUCGCCGUGCUUCGCUUGCAAGACGAUGGGUGGUGGGAGGCUGAAGUGGUUGGGAAAGAUGGACGGCGUGGCCUUGUGCCAUCCAAUUAUUUGCAGAAUUGCUAAGGGAUGGGGGGACGUGAGAUAAUGAGGGAACCGAAUUGUCCUUUUCUCUCCAAUUUUGGCUGAUUGAUGGUUCGAUGGCUUGCUUGCUUGCUUCAAAUGUUUGAUGUAGCGAUGUGCACAUGCGUACUCUUUAGUGCGGUGGUGUUUUUGAUACCUUCUUUUUUUUUUCAUCCCUCGCUCGUCUCGCAUAUGAAGCUUGUUCCUUCUUUUUUCUUUCUUUUUUUCUUCCAGUUUCGAGUAUACAUGUAA